UUGAUUGUUCUCUCGUUUACAGACAUAAAAAAAAACACAAACUUUAGGGAAGGCCACGCCGGCGGCGGCCACAUCCAGUCCAGCUCCAGACCGACCAGGCUUCUACGCCGCCGCCCUGCUCCUUCUCCGUGGUGGUCGGCCAUGGCCAAGUUCCUCCCGCCGUUCUUCCGCCCCCGAGAAAAAGAUGAUGAUGAUAAGAGCGAAGAACGGAAAUAUGACCCCCGGUGCGGCAUGCCCAGAGAGGAGUUUGAAUGGCGACAGUCCCGGGCCGACACGAUGGACAAACGUAUGCCCCAGGUGGUGGAGGACUUGGACGUCUUGCUGCGGAGGCUACGCCCCCACUUCGCCGACGAUCCCGACGCCCUCAAGAAGUGGGAAGAGUAUGAGAAAGAUGUCCGUUAUGCGUUUACGCAUAGCCUCCGUGGCACCCUCAUUUCGCCUGUGUGCAUCCCGAACUCCGUUGCAUGCGAGCAGCUGAUGCAGAGGAAGGCCUGGUCAAGGACCGUUGCUGGCAGGGUAUCUGGGGGGCUGGAAAAGCUUAAACAGGCAGCCACAGUGCCUUCACCAAGGAACAAGAGAACAAUUAGAGUCGGGGCAAUCGUUGCCGGUGUCGCCGCCGCGUUUGCUCUCGGGCUUGCCCUCGGACGAACUCAACUCCAUGGAAGCAGGACCAAUCAAAUGGGAACCUAGCUAGCGCCAACACUGCUGGUUCUCUGAAGUUCAUAUUCCCGCGCUUAUUCAGUUAGUCAUAUUCCCCACGAUAUAGGAACAAAUUCAGUUAGCCAUUUUCCCGCAAAAAAGAGAGAGAUUCAGUUAGCCAUUUUCCAGCAUAAAUAAUAAUGUAAUUUUCU